CCCUGCUUCACCGUGCCUCAUUACAGAGACGAGUCCACGCUUACGCACACGCAAUGCGAGAGAGUUCCACCCUUUGCACAGUCGUUUACAAAGAGGAGAGGAUUAAGGAUUCAAAAACCAAGAAACAGGGCCCACACACAGGUGAGACCAGAGCGAGGACCCCAUCUGUCCAUCGGACGUGUCAAGUGCCCUCCUGCCGGACGCCCUCCACUAACGGAAAAGUUUCUUUGAGAGGAUCACCAGAGGAGAAGGGAAACUGAGAAGAAAAAGUGGGGGGAGGACAAAGAAGAAAGCCUUUCAAAGUGAGCGCACCCUGCCUGCUAUUUCGGCUGCACUGUGGGCAGGGAGUGUCUCAUUUGGGAGUGACAGGAAAAGGACUUCCCUUUGCCCUUGCCCGCCUAUCCAAAGGUCUGUGUAAAUACUGGAUAUCAAUUAGCCGAAAGCUCUAAGAUUACCUUCAAAAGAGACGGCAGAAAGUUUACACUCUGUGGUUUCCUGAACUGCUACCUCCUCUCACAGCUCUCACAUCUUCCUCAAGGAGGAAUGAAGCUUUUUUUAAACAGGCAUUAGCGUAGGAUCCACAACAGCACCCUGUGGAACGCCAGAAGGGCAGCAAGUUUUGAUAUUUGUCCUGUUCUGUUAGCAUGAAGCCGUUAACGCCCAUCGGAUCCCCGUCCCCUCUGAGGCUCCUCAAUAAGGGCCCCGACUACCUGCGCCGGCAGAUAGACGGCAGGGGCCACGGAAGCUCCGUUAGCGCUGUGGAGAGGCUGGAAGCAGACAAAGCCAAAUAUGUCAAGAGCCAGCAGGUGAUCAACACCAAACAGGAGCCCGUGCUGGUGCCGUGCGCCACCCCGCCACCGCUUCCCCGCAGAGCCUUUGCCAUACCCGGCAGUUUCAGCCCUCAGCUUCCCCCACGUUGUUUAUUCAGCACCCCCUUCUCCACUCUGUCUGGGUCCUUCAGCUCAAGAGACGAGAAUGAAAACGACGACCCCAGAAAAGAGAACCGACGGGCUUCCAUUGAUAUUGAGGCUCACAACAGGACCAACGCAAACAACGGAAAGCCUCCUUGCCCCAGAACGCCUGAACUUACCACCUUGGUGGCGCCGCACAGCGCCCCCGUCGUUCGAAGGAGCACAGGCAAACGCAUGCUGAGGCCCGACUCGCUCGUCAUUUACCGGCAGAAGAAAGAGUGCAAGAGCCCCAAUGGUUCCGGUGUUGGGGAGCACACCAGCAUGGAACUGAAGAGUUACAGCUUUGUCCGCCGCCUCUUCCAGGGUUCCAUGAGGGAAAAGAGCAAUGCGGGCGACAGAAAAGUCCACAAGAUGGUCAUUGGUGAGGAGAAAGCACCCUCACGAGACGGAGACUCUCGCAUGUCAUGGACAAACGAUAAGGAUACCACAGACGGUGGACCGGGGAGCAGGAGAUCCAGUAAAACAGACAAAGAACACAGUUCGGCAUCUGUGCCCAGUCCUGGCUUGAGUUCUAAUAAUGAUGAGAUCAAUAAUGGAUUUACCAAAGGUACUACUGAUGUAGACAACAAUCACUCAAGUCAUCACAACGAUGACAAUGACCCAUGGAGACGGGCGUCGCCACCGCCGGCACGCAGGACUAAGCUGCAUGGCUCCACGUCAGAUCUCCGCUGCUCCUUGGCCUUCCCGGAUCAGGAGCAUUUCUUUGACUUUUGCGGACUGGAUUUGGACAUGAUAGACCGCUUGGGGAGGGAGAAUUUCCUCUCCGGUGCCAGCUCCACAGACACGCUCUCCCUGGCACUACGCAGCGUCACCGGCGGCUCAGAAACUAGCGAGUUCUCCCGACACUCGGGUGACGGGCUGUUCGAGGAGGAGCUAGCCGACCAGCUCCCCACUGGCGUGUCCAUCAUCGAGAGGAACGCUCGGGUCAUCAAGUGGCUCUACGGCUGUAAGAACGCUGCUCGGGAAGGACCCAAAGAGUCGACCGUUUGACUCAGAGGGAAGAGGACAACACUUCCAAGAGUCUAUGACUGUUUAGUUUUCUUUGCUCGUUGUGGAAAAAAUGUUUUGUUCAAAGACGUGUCGGAGUUAUCACUUGUCAAGCUAUUUAUGGAUACGAGUCUGUCAAUGCAGCGAUUGCAUGCAGAUGCGUGUUAUCUGGAAUGGAUAGUUGUGUCCUCUCCACAAACAGAACGGGAUUCUGAACCGGUCCUUAGGGGCACAUAGCUAUAGAAGUGUAUGCUAGCCACGACACCACAGAUGGCUUCAUUAACAGUGGAAAAACCACUAAGCUAGUUUUCUCUGAACUGGAAAACCGUGUGACGUGAACCUCAUUCCUCAUUCGGAAAUGUCCCAGUUUAGCUUGUAGGUUGCCAUUUUUUUAACCCAUUAAACACAGGUGUUGGAACAAACAUGCGGGACACCCCCAUGGGGUUGUUAAUGCACUGAAGUGGACACACAGACAGGAGACAUACUGUUGCUUUGAUACCUUUCUUUUUUUAUACACUGUCCAGUAAUUGCUCGCGUCGUGACGGGUCAUGGACCGCCGUGGAAUUGCAUUUGUUACAAAAGAUGAACAAGACGUUGGUGAAACUUAAAGCUAAACGAUGCCUGAGCCCAACAGCUGCAUGUGGCGGUAAAACCCAAAGCUUCACGUCUUGAAUCAGCACAGAUCCUACCUCACGUCAUCCAUCCAUCACGGACUCAUCGCUAUCUCCACCAAAGGUCACUUCUGCAGGGAAAUCCAAACUGGGGGUCUCGGGAGGUAUGCGGGGGUUAGACCGAGAGUCUCGCAUGUGACCAUUGCUGAACCCGAGGGCGCUCCCAAUCGCUUCACACAAUAGAACGACGUAAUUACUCGUAGUACUCUAGUCAUCAUCUCCUCCAAAUGCUUGUUUUGCUUUGUAUGUCUCAUGUGAAAAGUAUUUCCAGGAUGUUUUUUUAAACACUUGUGGCUUUUGGUUAUUCCAAAGACAUUUGUGUCGGAUGUACACAGCAAA